AUGGUGACGAAGUAUUAUAUUGCUAAAAACACUAUUGAGUAUUUAUAAGCGUACCUGUAACAAUUCUCACAGUGGUUCUAUAUAUCUAUUUGACAUGCUCUCAAAAAGGUACGUUUAAAUGGAUUUUAAAGUACUGUUUGUUUCUUUUAUUUUGAUCUGGUAUGGGUUGACGGAAGCACGAACCUAUCGUUACUUAUCCAGAUCUAAAAGACAAGAUGUUGAAUGCAUUCCCAGAGGAAACGCGCUUACUACUUCUAUGUGCGAUCGCGUUAUCCCAAUUCCAGAUGAAAUUAAGCAAGAAUUUAGUCUGGAUCAAUUCUACCAUAACUAUACGAAUGCAUACGGAAUCCCGAUCCUGUCGUCUGGAGCGGUGCCGCUAGCAGCGAUGCAACGCGCGUGUUACACCGUACGAUUCAUGCUCGCUGAUCGUGAUGAUGUCCGUAACGCAAUGCACAACAAAUGUGCGCGUGUAUCGAUCAUCGGCUUGAAUGAAUUGACCAAUCAGAUUCCAGAAUAUUCAUUCUUACCCGACAGCGAAAAUGAACGUGCACGUGGGAUCGGGGGAACCCUGAACAAUCCUGUUACAACGGUCGCUGAAGAAAACCUACUGUGUCUAGACUAUGAGCAUGACAGGUGGUUUAGAGAAGACAUUGGUGUACACGAAUUUGCUCACGCUAUUCACAAGAUUGGCAUGAACACCGUUGAUUCUGGCUUUAGUAAACGUUUGAGAAAUGCUAAAAAUGCAGCCAUCAGUAUGGGCCUUUGGGAGUCAACCUACGCAGCAUCAAACGCUCAGGAGUAUUAUGCUGAGGGAGUGCAAAAGUUCUUUGGGGUCGACGUUAUUCAAGAAUAUACAGACGGCGUCCACAACAACAUCAGCAAUCGGAUUGAGUUACUCGAAUACGACCCGCAAUUGUAUUCUUUCGUGCUGGAAACGUUUCCAUGCGCAAACCACAUAGUUUCAAGGUGUGAAGAUCAAGCAUUAAUAUCAACUCAACCUUUGAUGAUGAAUUGCUAUAGUGAAAUGAUGGAAACCAUGGCUACUGCCGAAAAGGAAUUUACGGCCGAAGUCGCUACCGAAAAUGGUGAACCAUCUGCGAACGUCGUAUCAACGAUAAUCAGCACGAUGCGUACAGAACCUAAGACACCAACAGAGGCAGAAACUUCUACCGAAAAUGGUGGACCAUCUACGAAUGUCAUAUCAACGAUAAUCAGCACGAUGCGUACAGAACCUAAUACUCCAACAGUGACAGAUACUUUGUGCCUUGACCAGUACAGCUUAUGCAAUAUUUAUGCAACUGAAAGUAUGUGCAGAAAUUACCCUAUAAUUCAAAGACUUUGUCGGUUUAGUUGUCAUCUCUGUAAUGUGUGUAGUAAUUUCAACUCACAAUGUGAAUUAUGGUACGAAGAAGGAAUUUGUGAAAUCUAUCCAGGCUCUAUGAUGGCAAAUUGCAAGAAGGCAUGCCGCUGGUGUUAAUGUGUUUUGCUCCUUAAACAUUAGCGAGUAGCGAUAAAGCAUUGAUAACUAAUACAGUAUAUGGACUGGCUUUCUGGAACUCGCAUAAAAAAUGCUCAUUGGAACCUCAUAUCAACCCAACCUGGAUUCGAACCCGGAGGUUUACUACCGUUGAGAAUUAACAUAUAAUGUUCAUGAAUAACUACAAGAAAGUUUAUAUCUCUUUUCGUGCCACAUUUAUUAUUAUUAUUAUUAUUAUUAUUAUUAUUAUUAUAUAAGCCUAACUGUAGCUAUUUUAAAGAAUUUAUUACGGUACGUACAUGCAUAAAAACAUGUUCUUUUUCGAUUACCAAUGCUCGUCAAUGAAUAUGUUGUUUAAAAAAACACCAAGGAUAAUGAGAAGUAGUGCCUUGCCAGAAUUGUUAACAUACAAAACAGGAAAGACAUGAUUAGUGCAUCCGUCAUUCUUCUCGUUCCAUUACAUUUAAGUUGUCAUUCAUUUCUAGACAUGAUAAGUUGUGGUUUUGUGUGCUACAUCAUUUUAAUUUAUGGUACAAUAUACAGUGAAUUUUUUUAGUACUUUAUGUGAUAGGCUGAUCAUUAUCGUUUAAUUGAAUAAUUAUGCUGACUUUGAAAUAAAUCGCAAGAUUUUGUCCAAAUGUUUUUACCUUACCUUACCUUACAGAUGCACAAUAUCGAUAGUACUUUAAUUCAUUGUGAAGAUAACGAUGGGACGGAAGUUAUUCAGAAAAAUUAUCGACUAUACUGACAAUUAAUGUUGCUAUGCAAAACUGGGUGGCUUUGACAACGUCACCUAUUCUUCCAUGAGACGUUCAGUGGUGUUAAAAUCCAUAUCAUAUUGACCGGCUUUUAAAUUUGUCUGAAGAGUGUUUGAGCCUAUAUAGAUCUAAUUGCAAUAAAUAAUGUCAACGUAUUAGAUCAAUAUAAUCAUUGACAAAGUAGGGAUACUCUGCUUGUUCUACCGUGACCAGGCCUAUUAUUCAACACCAUAUACCGUCGUAGGUCUACUUAUAAAAUGAUGAUAAUAAAUAUUUGAGAAAAACGUAUGUUUCCAUCUGGAUUCAAACUCAAGACCUUCCGGCGGUUACAAUUCGGAUACUCUA